AUGUCCGAUAAUUCCGAAUUAGCUCGAAUUCUUCAAGAUCUUCAAGAUAUCGAUAAAUAUGAACUGAUUGGAAAACAGAAAGAGAAAGCGAAGGUUCCGGGAAACCAGUCAACAGUGAUGGAGAAACGUGAGGAGCAGCAGGAACGUGAGCAUGGUCCAGAAAACAGAGAACAAAGAAAAGCAAUCGCACGAGCCCGGGCGACCACCAGAGAAAUAAAUCGAAUUAAAAUAAUAAAUGGUGCAUUUGAUGAUCUCAGAAACAAACUUCCAGUUCAAGUAGGAGAGCCAAAGUUGUCCAAAAUCGUGACAUUAAAGAAGGCAAUAAAUUACAUUGCACAACUUAAAGAAGAGCUUCAUAAUACUCCGUUGCAUUCCUCUUCUGAUCAAUCCAUCAUGCUGGAUUCCGAUGCUCAACUGGUUCCAGGGCUCGGACCAUACUCAGUGAGCCAAUCAGCCUCAUCAACGUCGCAAGAAUCCACUUCUGACGGCCUUCCACAAAAUUUCAAAAUUAUGCCGACAGAAGGACACAUGUGGUAUUAUCCACAACCGCCACACUUCUAA